CCCGGAUGUAUCGUCAUAGUCAUCGCCGCCGAUGGAUUGUACAAGCGAGAUGUCUUCCGCUUUCCCGACCCCUUCGCCGUAGCGACCAUCAACGGAGAGCAAACCAAGACAACCACCGUUAGCAAGAAGACGCUCAACCCCUAUUGGAACGAGAGCUUUGAUUUUCGGGUUGACGAAUCAAGCAUCCUGGCCGUCCAGGUGUUUGAUCAGAAAAAGUUCAAAAAGAAGGACCAGGGUUUUCUUGGCGUUAUCAACAUCCGAAUCGGUGACUUGAUUCCAGAAAUCGGACCCGAUGCCGACGAUCAAAUGAUUACUAGAGAUCUCAAGAAGUCGACCGACAACCUCGUCGUGCACGGCAAACUUAUACUCAACCUGUCAUGCAACCUUAGUACCCCCAUCCGCGCAGGCCAAGCCUCAUCCAGCCGACCCACGCUCGGUGCGCCCAGCGCUUCGAACCUCUCAACCUUGUCUGCUCCGGCCGGCGAUCGGCCGAGCUCUGCCAUGUCCGGCGUUAAUAACAACGCGCUGGCUCCUCAGCCGAGCCUCUCCCACCAUCCCGCCAGCGUCAACGCCGUGCCGUCUUCAUCAAGCGUCAAUGGCUCACAGUCACGCCCCACCAGCCAGCUGAGCCCGUUCGAGGAUUCGCAGGGUCGUCUGCCUGCAGGCUGGGAACGAAGGGAGGAUAAUCUGGGCCGCACCUACUAUGUCGACCACAACACACGUACCACCAGCUGGAACCGCCCGACCGCGGGCGGUACCGCCGCCGAAACCCGAAACGAACGAGAGGCCGUUACCCAGGUCGAGCGCCAGAGACACCAGAACCGAACCCUCCCCGAAGACCGGACGGGCACUAGCUCACCCACUCUCCAGCAGCAACAGCAAGGCUCCGGCGCAGGCAGCCCUGGCGGCGCCGCUGCCGCCGCCGGCAGCAGUCACACGGCCAUGAUGCAUACCGGGGCCACCAGUCCAGGUUCCGGCGAGCUCCCCCCCGGAUGGGAACAGCGCUGGACCCCCGAAGGACGGCCCUACUUUGUCGAUCACAACACCCGCACCACGACUUGGGUCGACCCGCGCCGACAGCAGUUCAUCCGCAUGUAUGGCCAGAACAACACCAACGGUCAGAUUCAGCAGCAGCCCGUAUCCCAGCUGGGACCUUUGCCCAGCGGCUGGGAGAUGCGUCUUACCAAUACCGCGCGAGUCUACUUCGUGGACCACAACACAAAGACUACGACCUGGGACGACCCGCGUCUUCCUUCUUCACUAGAUCAGAAUGUGCCCCAGUACAAGCGUGAUUUCCGACGAAAGCUCAUCUACUUCCGAUCCCAGCCUGCCAUGCGCAUUCUCAGCGGGCAAUGCCACAUCAAGGUCCGACGCUCUCACAUCUUCGAAGACUCGUUUGCCGAGAUCACUCGCCAGUCGGCUACGGAUCUCAAGAAGCGCCUCAUGAUCAAGUUUGAUGGCGAGGACGGCCUCGAUUACGGCGGUCUGUCGCGAGAGUUCUUCUUCCUCCUUUCUCACGAAAUGUUCAACCCUUUCUACUGUUUGUUCGAAUAUUCAGCGCACGAUAACUAUACCCUCCAAAUCAACCCCCACUCUGGCAUCAACCCCGAACAUCUCAACUAUUUCAAGUUCAUUGGGCGCGUCGUUGGCAUGGCCAUCUUCCAUCGGCGAUUCUUGGAUGCGUUCUUCAUCGGAGCUCUUUACAAGAUGAUCCUGGGCAAGCCAGUCACAUUGGCGGACAUGGAGGGUGUGGAUGCAGAUUUCCAUCGCUCGCUGCAGUGGAUGCUGGAUAACGACAUCUCUGGCGGUAUUCUCGAGCAGACCUUCUCCACGGAAGACGAGCGCUUUGGAGUCAUGACGACUGAAGAUUUGAUUCCUGGCGGUCGGGACAUCGAAGUGACGAAUGAGAACAAGAAGGAAUACGUGGAGCUCAUGGUCAAGUGGCGUAUUGAGAAGCGCAUCGCGGAGCAGUUCCAGGCCUUCAAGGAAGGCUUCCAAGAGCUGAUUCCUCAAGAUCUCAUCAACGUCUUUGACGAGCGCGAGCUCGAAUUGCUCAUUGGCGGUAUUGCCGAGAUUGAUGUCGACGACUGGAAGAAGCACACGGAUUACCGAGGCUACACCGAGUCGGAUGAGGUCAUCCAGAACUUCUGGGCAACAGUCAGGUCCUGGGAUGGCGAGCAGAAGUCGCGUCUGCUGCAGUUCACCACGGGUACUUCUAGAAUCCCGGUCAACGGAUUCAAGGACCUCCAGGGCAGCGAUGGCCCGAGAAGAUUCACCAUUGAAAAGGCCGGUGACUUGUCUAACCUUCCCAAGGCGCAUACCUGCUUCAACCGAAUCGAUCUUCCCGCAUACAAGACUUUGGAGACGCUGCAACAGAAACUCACCAUUGCCGUGGAGGAGACGAUGGGCUUUGGCCAAGAAUAA